GUGACGCGUCUUUUCAGUGACAGGAUCGAUUUGUAAGAUUGAUGUUUCGUGGUUUUCUGCAUUGACGUUUAUUUCAUUCCGACGAACAACUGUUCUUCUACUCAGUUCAAGGCUUUAUUGGAUACUUUUAUGAAAGCAGAUCUCGGCUAUGGCAAGUCAAACUCCUGGUAUUCAACAACUUCUUUUAGCAGAAAAAGCGGCAUCUGAAAAAGUUGCCGAAGCGAGAAAACGAAAAGCAAAAAGAUUAAAACAAGCCAAAGAGGAAGCAAAAACUGAAAUAGAAGAAUAUAAAAAACAAACAGAACAAAAAUAUAAACAGCACGAGUUCGAGAUCCUAGGUUCUAAAGACGACAGUCGAAAACAUAUAGAAAGAAAUCAAGUUAUCCAGAUGCAAGAAUUAGAUAAUUGUGUUCAACAGAAUAAAGGCAGAGUUAUUCAAAGAAUUAUGGAACUUGUUUGUGAUGUUAAACCUAGUUUAAAUGAAAAUUAUGUUAAACAGUAAUGAUUAUAAUCAUUCAUUAUUAUUAUUCGAUGUUUGUUGUCGUUGUGUCGAGACUGGGCAGUCGUAAUUGAAUUUUUCAUACAGUCAAUCGUCUUUGUAAUCUACAAAUUAUUAGGUUAAAUAGACAGAUUCAAUUUUAAAAUUUUCAUAAUUAAAGUCAUCCUUUCGCUACCCAAAUUUGCUUCAAUUUCAAUGAAAUAAGAUUUAUGAUAAAUUUAUGCAAGAUUGAUAUGUUUCAAUUAUUCAGAAUCGAAAUUAUCUGAUCUGGACAUUUUCUUCUAUUUUCAUUAGCUGUAUAAGAAUGACAAAGGAUUUAGUCGUUACAUUAUUUAUAUUAUUAAUGUAUGUACCUAAAUAUCUAUCAGUGUGAUUGUGAAAAGUUAAAAACUAAUCCCAAAAUUUUG